UCACUCUUUCAUAGAUAAAAGCAUUAUACAAGUUACAAUCUCUAAAUUUUUACAUAAAAAUUUAAUUCUUAAUUUACAACCUCACCACGAUGGCUAUUGAUGAGAUAAUCACAGAUCCAUCUCUUAAACUUGCCCUUGAGACCUCAAAUCAAACGCGGGAACAAGCAAUUGCUCUCCUAGACUUCGUAUCGACAGCCUCUACUACUUCUGCUCCUUCGAACGAAGUCCUACUGCAAAUUUCUAAGCAACAAAAACUACUCCUCACAUAUCUCGCACAGCUGAGAGGUUUACAUCGUGAUUCUCAUGCUGGCGCCCGAGAAACAAAAGCCUUAACCGCGGAAGCGCGUCAGGAAGUAGAUAGGCUACACUUACAACUACAAAAUUUAUACUAUGAACAACGGCAUCUACAAGGAGAAAUUGCUGCUUGCGAAUCAUACGAGUUGGUUUUCUUUUAAUUCGCAUGUUUUUCGUCGUCGCACCAACGCUAACACUACUUUACCAGUCACAAAUAUCAGCAACUUCCCCUGAUACCUGUUGACGAAUUCUUAGCGCAACAUCCGGAACAUGCUGAUGCUGAUGAGAAUGCGCUUAUGAUUGGAAGGAUAGAUCACGAACAUCAAGAAAGAUUGAAGUUGGAGGAACAGAGACAAGGACUUUUAAAGAAGAAACAAGGACUGAUUGCCGAUAAUAAGAAGAGGAAGGAUGAUCUAGCGAAUCUUGACAAAGAUUUGGAGAAGUUUAUUGACGUGAGUUUGAAGCUUGUUGCGACUAUCGUUGGGAAAGAUAAUUCUCAUGCUGAUUGAAAAUAGGCUGCAAAACCGAUACAAAAAACCUUCGAGCGUGUGGUAUGAGAAGUCGGAAAAUUAUCACUGUAUCUAUCUGCUUUUUCCAGAACUUUUACUCCUUCGUGAACCAAUGACGGCCAUCGGGAUGUGGUAACAAGCUUUGCUUUCGGUAUGGCAAACAGGAAGAGCUACCAUCAAUUGAGAAAGUGUACCACGAGCAAGGAUUUGCAUAGGGAUGCGCACAAAGGAGAGCGAUGCUCACUCAGAUUUGAGUUUAUCUAUUAUUGGACGCAGAUUGAAUAUAUAAUUUUAAAUAUACGA